CAGGCACGAUAACCUCUCCUGCUUUCAAUCUCUAGGAUUCAAAACCCAUUCGAUUUUUUUCAUUUUUUUUUCUGAUUGUAUCUGUUGGGAAUUUCGUCGAACACUUUGAUUGCAGAGAAUCCAAACCCGAAUCCCGAAAAUGUCAUUGCGACCCGGUACCCGAACUGAGGUACGCAAGAAGUCGUACAAGAUCGGAGUGGAUGCCGACGAGGCGCGGCGGCGGAGGGAGGACAACCUGGUGGAGAUCAGGAAGAGCAAGCGCGAGGAUAACCUUCUUAAGAAGCGCCGCGAGGUUCUUCAGUCCCAGCAUGUUCUUGAUGCUUCUCAAUCCCCCGCCGCUCCUGACAAACGGCUAGAAUGCAUUCCAUUGAUGGUCCAAGGAGUAUGGUCUGAGGAUCCAGCUGUACAAAUUGAAGCAACCACACAAUUCAGAAAACUGUUAUCCAUUGAGCGCAGCCCUCCAAUAGAUGAAGUGAUUAAAGCUGGAGUUGUCCCACGCUUUGUACAGUUUCUUGAAAGAAAUGACUUACCCCAAUUGCAAUUUGAAGCUGCUUGGGCAUUAACAAAUGUAGCAUCUGGUACAUCAGAACAUACACGGGUUGUCAUUGAACAUGGUGCUGUCCCUAAGUUUAUACAACUUCUUAGCUCACCAAGUGAUGAUGUUCGUGAGCAGGCAGUCUGGGCCUUGGGAAAUGUGGCUGGUGAUUCUCCAACCUGUAGGGAUCUGGUUCUUGGUAAUGGUGCACUCUUGCCAUUGCUAGCUCAAUUGAAUGAGCAUUCAAAGCUUUCUAUGUUGAGAAAUGCUACAUGGACUUUGUCAAAUUUCUGUCGAGGCAAACCACCAGCACCAUUUGAGCAGGUGGUUAAAGCAGCAGUGCCAGUUCUUCGGCAACUUAUCCAUAUGAAUGAUGAAGAAGUUUUAACAGAUGCUUGUUGGGCACUUUCUUAUCUAUCUGAUGGACCAAAUGAUAAGAUUCAAGCUGUAAUUGAGGCAGGUGUCUGUCCGCGGCUGGUAGAGCUUCUACUACAUCAUUCAGCUACAGUUCUCAUACCUGCUCUUCGGACAGUGGGGAAUAUUGUCACCGGUGAUGAUACUCAAACACAGUAUGUGAUUGACAACCAAGUGCUCCCACGUCUCUAUCAACUUCUUACUCAAAAUCACAAGAAAAGCAUCAAGAAAGAAGCUUGUUGGACAAUCUCUAAUAUCACUGCUGGAAAUAGAGCUCAAAUACAGGCUGUUAUUGAGGCAAAUAUCAUUCUUCCUUUGGUAUACCUCCUUCAAAAUGCAGAAUUUGACAUCAAGAAAGAGGCAGCAUGGGCUAUCUCAAAUGCCACUUCUGGAGGUUCUCAUGAGCAGAUUAGGUUCUUGGUUAAUCAAGGCUGCAUUAAGCCACUUUGUGAUCUCCUGGUAUGUCCCGAUCCAAGAAUUAUUACUGUAUGCCUUGAGGGGCUGGAAAACAUUCUGAAGGUAGGCGAGGCUGACAAGGAAACGGGAUUGAAUGAUGGGAUCAAUUUAUAUGCACAACUCAUUGACGAAUGCGAAGGUUCAGACAAGCUAGAGCAUCUCCAAACUCACGACAACCAUGAGAUCUAUGAGAAGGCUGUGAAGAUCUUGGAGAAAUUCUGGUCAGAGGAGGAGAAUGAACAGCAAAACAUAGGUGAUGAAGUCGAUGGAAAUCAGCAGCAGGCCUUUAGCUUCGGGGAGAACCAACCUAAUGUUCCCCCUGGGGGGUUCAAAUUUGGGUAGGAGAAAAUGUGCAGGUCAGGUUUGCUUGUGUUAAUUGUUUCUUGUUUGUUAGGACGGAAACUUCUUGUUGCCAUUUGCCAUUUGCCAAGAGUCAGGUGUUUUUGGUCUGGCGCACAUAGGUUUUUAAAUCUCUGUUUAACUUCUUCACUGGGAGAAUGUUUCUUAUACUUUUUGUCAUUUUGUCUUCCUCUUAAUUGUAAUUUCAGAACGAAAGAAUCAUUUGUCUACGAUUGGCUUUCGUGUGAAAAUGUAAUGCUGUCUAAGUUGUGUUCAA